AUGGACUCUUACAUCAGAAUAGCGUUCUUUCUGUCAGUGUCCAUAUUUCGUUUGUUUCGUUUUGCUUUUUUUUCCAAACUUGAGUUUUCAGAUACAAAUGGCUUAUCUAAUUCUACCGCCACUACCGUCCUUUUAAACACAAUAUUCGAAGGAGUUGAACUGAAUCUAUCAACUGAAGCUUAUGGAACAGUCUCGACGGUUCCCAGCACUUAUGUUGCAAAACCGACGGCGACUUUUCCCGUCCUGAAACUUGACUAUGACCCGAACAUUGACACUCCUCUGCCAUUAAAAAUCAACCAAGAAAAGUUCAAGGUAGCCUGUCUCAACAUUCUGUAGUUGUAAUGGAAUGCAUCCCAGUGUUUCGGCUACAGACUCGACAACCUCUGUCGCACCGCCUGCGUUGUGAAACACCUCAUUCGGUGAGUUUUCUACGAAAUAAUCGAACUUAUCUUUUUCAAUUUCAGAAAUCGGCCUAUGGAUCAAGAGUAUGUGACUGUGUUCUAAAGCUUAAUUUUUUUUUUCUUAAUUUAGACUCGAUAUAGAAGUUUUCACGCAUUUCGGCUGUGAUACAGAGAACCAAGGUCCUGCCGCCAUUGAGUUAGAGCUAAUUUCCCUUUGGCGAUAAUUAUUUUUGAGCUUUCAGCAUGAGAUCUUUUUUGUGCCAGUGGACUUACGCCGACGGACUGCCGUAUAUAAUGGAAUACACGAUUUUAGGCCCAGACAACACGGUAACAACUUUGGAUCGAAAAGCCUUCUUAUUACCUUUCUAGACUAUGCAAGUGAGGAAACGUUGCUGCUGGGCGAGUUAUUGCAACAGAAACGAGUCGUUUCCUUCUCCUAGACGCUUCUUCCGCAAGGAAACUGAGGUCAGCAACUCCUAAAGUCUUGUGAUACCUCCCAUCAAGAGUGAUAAGUUCAAUUAUGAAUUUUUCCAAUCUAUCAGUUACGGCGGCUGUAGUCUACCGAGUUAUUAAAGUACAUAUUUUCUAAAGGAUCAAAGGUUCGACCCUCAACAGCCGAAAAAAGUUAUGCCCGUAUCGGCGUGUUCUUCAGUCAGAACUGGCUUGCCGCGAAACUCAUCGUGAUGAAAAUUUAACAACUCGAGAAAUCACAAAAACGGACUAUAGUCAGUGGAAUCGAGGAACUAUAAAUUUUUAAUAUUUCCUGGCUCGCAGUAUAUGUUAGACUCAUUAUUAAAAGGGUUUCCAAGCUAUCGCUUAAUGUAAUGAUUGAAAGUAUGAAUACUAUAUAUCGGUUGUACUGAGAAACAUAGUUAUUUCUUCGCGUCUACAUUUAAGAAAUUCCCCCUUGGUGUGAUGUUUCCACUAUGCGCAAUUUUCUUACGUCGCAAUUUUCUUUUCGAACAUCGGAACGGCGUAUAUUUUUUUAGAUUAUUGAAAAAACUACCGGGUUUUGGUACGUGGCUGUCGCCGUCGUGACGUGCUUUUUGGUCGGCUUUGCCGCCUAUCUCCUUCAGUUCGUUUUCUUGAGCUGAAAUUCCGCAAAUUUUUCUCAUAGCUACCUUCUCUCAUCCCGAAAAAUCACAAAUCACAAUGAUUACAACCCGAAGAUCGACAGAGGUCUUUUAGAAAAGAAACGGUAUUUUCUUGGAGCUGAUGUGAGUGAAAAGUUGAAUUUUGUCUUUGAUCUCGAUUUUUGAAACCCCUCAUCAGUAAAAAUCGAACUUUCUUUUUCGAGCAAAUUGAACUUUAAAGCCUUUUUUUUAUAAUGGAAGCGCAGAGCUUCAAAGAGAAUUAUAGCUGAUUCACGUUCAGCCUGGGACGCUAAGGGGGCGUGUCCUGUCUGCGCUCUCCACAAGCCACGCGCUAUCUCGUGCAUUAUCGUGUCAGGACCAUUUUUUCGAUGGCUUAAGCCAGCCGUGAAUCAGCUAUAUAAGAUAACGCAGAGCAUUUUCGUGUCUACUUUAUUUAAUUCGAAAAAAGGUUCAACAGUUGAAUGAAUUUAGACAAAAUCAGAAAUUGUGGUGACCGGCCAGAUGAAUCUUAAAGAGACGUGCGAACUUCUGGCCAGGGUGGCCUCCAGUUCUGAAGAGAUUCGACAGAAUGGCUCUCGAAGAACGGCGCCACAGACUGGCGUCCUCAAGGAACCUCCCGCUGACAAGGUGGCCUUCAGACUGAGCAAACCCUCUAAUGUUUCUUUUUAGUCGAAUUUUAUGCAGAAAUUUUUUAUUAGUAGAAAAUCUUAUGAAGUAAGUAAUCCCAAGAUUCUCCGAGAGUUAAUCUCAUCUUCCAUAAAUAUAAAUUUAGUGCUUCAAACCCACGAAAUUCAAUGCAGCUCUCUUUUGAAAUUAUCUCAUGAUUUUUCAGCCGAGCCUCCUGCUUCCCAUCUACACUCGAGCGUGCGGGUUGGGCCACGACUUGCAAAAGGUUUGCCAGAGAUCUGAGCCACAAAAGCGAGCGAAGUCAGGUUUCACGAGACCCCAACGUAUCGCUUGAGUUUCUCUACCGGAUCAUCGAGCACGGACCGUAUGAAUAUCCUUUCACGGCUCUGGAACUAAUCGAAGUAGCUCACAUUCCCAAAGAACACGACGUUAACUUUUUCCAGUUGUUCGAAGAAUCGGCCGACGUUUUUUCUUCAGAGCCGUCGCUCUUGGAGCUCGAGGCCGGAAUCACAGUCAUUGGGGACAUCCGUGGAAGGUAGUUGUUUUUUAUUUCUAUUAGCUGAGUUCCGCAAACAGGUACGUCGACCUGCAUCGAUGGCUUCAGCUGACGGGUUGGCCGCCCGCCAACAGACUUCUUUUUCUCGGCGGCGUUGUCGACGUCGAUGAAAAUGGAUCUUUGGAAUGUCUUGCCCUGAUUUGCGCUCUCAAAGUUUUUUUUUCGACUAAAGACACGCUUCAACUUUUAAAUGUUUGCUUUUCACAAUUCAAUCAGAUCGCGUUCCCCUACCAUGUCUUCCUUCUGCGAGGAGCUCCGGAAACGCUUCCUUUCGUUCCAAGAGGCCGUUUUCAUGCGCAAAUUUCUCAAGCGGUCGGCAGCUGCGUCCAACGGUCAUCUUUGAAGAAAGGUAGUUAACAAUGAGAAAUGUUCAGAAUGUGCUCCCAACUUCCGUUCGGGGCGAUCAUCGGAGGUUCACUGUUCGCUGUUUACAGCGGCUUCUCCCCUAUGGUACAUAAAUGCGUAUGAAAGCUUCGUAUGCUUUUUUUAAGAUAAAAGAUAAAAACGCGAUACGUGGCCAGUUCCGACCAGCUCCUCUCGACAAACUCUCUGCGAUUCAGAAUCAUUUGAUUUUCAGCCAGCCGUCUUCAACAGUCAGAAUGUACCGUCCUUAUCUGGGUUUUUUUUUCUCAUUUUGGGUUUUCUGGUUCAUCGAGGAACUCUUGUUUAGACAGCCGCGGUGAUUGGUUCGGAAAAAUGGCGGUUCGACAAGCAUGCAAAGCCAUUGGAGUUAGCGCCAUCAUACGAGGUGUUUCAUAAUUUUUUGGAUUGAAAUAAGACGAUUAAGAGUCGUUUUUUUGAGUUAUAUCUGUUUGACGAAAAUUCACCACUGUUUGGAAUGGUCUUCGUGUAAACUUUUUUUGUGAAUUAAGGCGAAAUAAAAGUUUUUUUUUUCAGUUUUCUAAACUUCUCUGCACUGAAAUCUGCUCGUAAUUGAAUUUAUUACACACCACUUGAUAUAUUCUACCUCAUUUCACUAUUUUAUAAUCAGUAUGAUACCACCGUGUGUUCAAAUUUUCAUACAACGAAAAACCGGAAAGUUUAAAAGAAAAACUGAUUUUCAGGUCACUCGCCCGUCAAUAAUGGGUUUCUGCCCUGCUGGCGAGCGCGACUUCUGAACUUGUGGUCUGCACCAGGAAAAGGCUUUUGCUGGAAAAAUAAAUAAAUUCAAUUUCUCAUAUUUGCAGGAACGAGCUUCGGAGCAGUUCUUUACAUUGCCCCUUCCUUGAAAAUCACACCUAUUUUAUUGCGUCGACAACAUUUUAAUACUAAAAAAGAAUAAUAAACUCUUCGAAUAUUUUCAAUUUUUCCGUAAUUGGUCGCUUUGAACGCGAAUUUUAUAACGGAUAGCGGGUUUUCAAAAGAAAUAAGCGAACCCAAGCAACCUAUCAGCUAGUUAGCGACUUUUGCUAGAAAGAAACCCCAACUAUUAUAUAUGGUUUUUGAGCGGUUACCAAGGUGCGUAAACUAUCUCGAUUCUGUUUCAACCCUGUGUUCAAAUUGAUUUCGCGAAAUCCAAAAUAGCCGUCAGAGAAAGAAAAAGAUAACUGAAUUUUGGAAAGUCAAAGAUAAUUUGGUAUUUCGCGGAAAUUACUUUGAACACCGCACUAGAGACUGUUCGCCAUGAAUCUAGACACAGGUUGAAUUUUCUUCCAAAGUUUGCAGCAUACAGCCGCUAACCAAUCCGACUCAACUAUAUAUCUCGAGAUAUCUUCUAUGUAUAUAGCUAUAUACAUAGGAGAUAUGCUAUAUAGCCGUAUGAAUUCCUCGGUUUUGCCAGUGAUAGGUCAUGUCUUCUUGAACUAAAUUUUUUUUUCCAUCUCUUCGUCAUCGUUUGUUUCUGUACUGUAUUUUUUUAAUUCAUUUUUUGAAUUGCAAUUGUGAUAUUUUUUCAUUUUGGAAAACUUAUUUAAUCAAGUUUAUAUUUGUAACAAAACCGUUCCGUUUUUAAAAAUUUUUCAAUUAAUUUUUAUCUCCAGAAAAAAAUUAAUUUCUGGAGAUAAAAUCGGAAAAUUUAAUCUUAUUUAAAUCUAUUUUAUUCUCAUAUGGUCUUCCGAUUUUUUUUUUGACAUGUUGUGAAGUAUUUCAAGAAAAGGUUUAAAUAAAGUUAUUCUUGAAAAAAAAAGUUUAUUUUGUUUGACAGUGAGAAAAAGUAUAAUUGUAUUUGGAGAGUCAUAUAUAUAUCUUUGUAUUUUGCGGAAAUCACUUUGAACGAGCCAUAAACAGAUGAGCGGAAGUUUGUUUGUGGAGAAAAAAAAUUUCAAGGGAACAACAAGACCACGCCCCUUUCCCACCAAACUCAUGGGAACGGCUGUCUCGCUUUUUGCGAGCUCCAUUUCAAGUCAGUCGAACGGUUCACUCGCUUGAAGGACAAUGUUUUCAACAGACGAUGAACGCGAUGUUCACUUCAACUUCUGUAAAUUUGUGAGUUUUUUUUCUAGUAGUAUGUAUAUAGCGGGUUGGACUUGACUCAAGAGUAAAAUUUUGCUAAUGCCGUAUUAAAAGUAAUUGAAAGUCGUAAAUCUCCAAAAAAAAUCUUAUCUUUUUCUUUCUCGGACUUCGAUUUUAAGUUUCGAGGGAUAAAUUUCAACGGGACAUAUAUUUUUCUAAAAAAAGUCGAUAUUUAUGAGUUCCAUUUCAAAACAGAUUAUUUAUGCCAUGACAGAAGCUAAUUUCCGCAAAAACAACGUUUUGUUCUAAGUUUUUCCGCGAAGUUCAAAAUUUUCUUUGACUCUUCAAAAAUCCUAUAAUAUCGAAAAUUCACAGGCGAAUCGCGAGAAUACCAUGAUGUUUCCACAAACAUACCUCUCAAGAUGAAUCGCGAAUAGAGCCUCAUAGGGUUUUGUCUUAUAAAUGUGUCAAGAGAGCGAUGAGCCAACAGAGAGACCGACGAUAUCCAUAUUUUUAAGUCGCUCUUAUUAAUGAUUUUUCAGAUUUUGCAAUACAAAAACUUGGACAUUUGCAAUGAUCGCCAGAGCCUUCAACCGUUUAACUCGCAGAUGUUCAAUAUGAAUCGCAAUGCGAACACGGUUUUUACUAUGAUAUUUUUAAGAACUAGAUAAUUUUUAGCCCGAAGAUAAGAUUGAUGAUCUGCUCACGUGGCUCGAUUUGAAUUACGACGCGCACACCAAAACGCUGUCUACUCAAUCUCAAAUGAAAAAUAUGACGGUUAGUUUGAAUUGAAGGUUUAUAGUAUUGAAUUUUUUUCCAUUUGGAUAUAUUUCAAUUGUUCUAUUUUUCAUUGAAGAUGACUCAACGGUCUACUAAUCUCGGUCUCUCUUCGAACUAUUACAAUAGCCACUGGCAGAAUUUGUACGAGGUUUUCUUUUUUUUUUUCUCUCAAAGAAGUGUGUUUUUUGCAAUUUUCAUAGUUAAUGAGAGCUUAUUUCGCUCUAAUCAGAAAAUUAAUUUACAUAAGCGGUUUUUUGUUUCCAUUGCACCUGGCGGCAUUACUUCCUCAAUAAUUUUUUUCGUCUAACCGAAUGAAUAAAAAAACAACUUAUUAAGGUAGAAAAAGUUGCAUAAUUGUUUUAAAUGUUUCAGUUGCCGCCUCCGAAGUUCCGCAAGAAGUGCUGCUCUUUUUUUGCUAUGGUUUGCACCGGAAAAAUGUGCGAGAACGCUAACCAGCAGAUCCAAUCAAAAGACGAUGACGGUCCUUGGUCCACCCAUUCAGUAGUGUCACAGGGAAAAAGUCGUGUUAGUAUUUUUGAAGUAAAGGAAAAAUUAUAAUAUAAGAAUCUUUUUUUAAAUUUACCAAGACCUUCUCAAUUUUUUUGAAGUUGGAGUCGGCCUUUAUGAGAAAAAAAUUGACUUUUCAAGUUUAAAAAAAGAUCACGAAACUAGGUAAAUAUUUUUUUAGACAAAAAAAUUCCAUAAAAACUUUAUCGAGUUCAAAUUUGAUUCGGUAUACAGAUGUCCGUUGCUGUGGUUCACUUCUUGCGCGGUUUGCGGUGCGACUGGUGA